ACUCUAGUUUAGCCUUCCGCCUGGUAGAUGGAGCGAACAAUUAUACUGGCCAAAUAGAGGUUUACUACGGUGGAUAUUGGGGUUCCAUUUGUCCCCAAAACGGGUACAAUCAUGCAGAAGUAGCCUGUAGGAUGUUUAACUACAGUGAUGGUUGGGCACUGCGUGUGUACAAGCUUUCUGAAGAACCGGUAUGGAUGAACAAUUUAAGAUGUAACGGUUCAGAGUCCAGUCUGGCUGAUUGUCAGUUUGACGGUUGGGGACAGGCUAUACCCUGUCUGUAUCAAGCUCAUGUCAGGUGUCAUAACGUAUCAGCUACAAGUGACAUUGCUGUCAGACUGAUGGGCGGACCAGACACCAACGUCGGACGAGUGGAGGUGUUCAAUGGUGGUAUGUGGGGAACAGUGUGUGCUGAUCCCAACUGGAACAACAAGGAGGCAAAUGUCACCUGCAGAAUGCUUGGACACAG